AUGGUUGGCGGUGAUGACGACGCGGGCGUCGUCGUCGAGCUUGGCUACGACGCCAGCUACGACGACCGCGAGGAAGUCGAGGAGGCGCUUCCUACAUCUCCCGAGAUUGGUGAUGAUCUUUUUGCUGACGAUGAGAUACCACUCUAUCCUCCUCCGCCUCCUCGCCCUACGUCCCCUCCAGCCGACAUCAUCUCCACAGUCGAGUUCGACCAUACGGGAGACUACUUGGCGACGGGCGACAAGGGCGGACGCGUCGUCCUCUUCGAGAGGAAUGAGUCGAAAAAGGGCUGCGAGUACAAGUUUCACACAGAGUUCCAAUCGCACGAGCCCGAAUUCGACUACCUGAAAUCAUUAGAGAUCGAGGAGAAGAUCAACAAGAUCAAAUGGUGCCGCAGACAGAAUGCCUCACAUUUCCUCUUGAGCACAAAUGACAAGACCAUCAAACUGUGGAAGGUCUUCGAAAAGUCGCUCAAGGUCGUGGCCGAGAACAACUCGUCAGGCGAAGGCUUCCGUCCCCCACCGGUCUCCAACAUCCACCCCAGCCUCCUCCCUCCGCCGACCGUACCGAUCCCUGGCAGCGGCCACAGCCUGCGUCUACCCAAGCUUCAGCACCACGAUACCAUCGUCGCCGCAGUACCGAGAAAGAUCUACGCAAAUGCUCACGCUUACCACAUUAAUUCGAUCUCGGUCAACUCGGACGGCGAGACGUACAUUAGUGCCGAUGAUUUGAGGAUCAAUCUAUGGAACCUCAACAUCAGCGAUCAAAGCUUCAACAUUGUCGACAUCAAGCCGGUCAACAUGGAGGAGCUCACAGAAGUCAUCACAUCAGCCGAGUUCCAUCCGAUCAACUGCAACAACUUCGUAUACUCGUCUUCAAAGGGUACAAUCAAGCUUGCUGACAUGCGCGACUCGGCUCUGUGCGACCAGCACGCCAAGCACUUCGAAGAGGAGGAAGACCCAUCCUCCAAGUCCUUCUUCAGCGAGAUCAUCUCGUCAAUCAGCGACGUCAAGUUCAGCCGAGACGGGCGAUACAUCCUCUCUCGCGACUAUUUGACCUUGAAGCUCUGGGAUGUGAAUAUGGACAAGCGACCGGUGAAGACGAUCCCGAUACACGAGCACCUCAGGAGCAAGCUGUGCGACCUCUACGAGAAUGACUGCAUCUUCGACAAGUUUGAGGCACUCUGGGGUCCGGAUGGAAACAAGUUGCUGACGGGAUCGUAUAACAACUAUUUCCACAUCUUCGACAAGGAGGCAGCCCCGGGAGUGGACGCAGCAGGUGGUAGCGCAGCUGGAUCGAGCACCUCAAGCCCAGGCGCAGGCGAAGUGGUCCUGCAAGCGGACAAGUCGGCCUUCAAGACGAAGAAGGGAGCGGGUGGUAAGAAAGGCAACAAGAAUGCAGCCAACAACGGCAAUGGUGCCGCAGGUGGGGCGGGGGCGGUGGGUCCUGGCCAGAUGAAUACGGAGAACGUGGACUUCAACAAAAAGAUCCUGCACGCCAGCUACCACCCGAGGGAGAACACGAUUGCUAUUGCAGCGACCAACAAUCUGUUCAUCUUUUCGGCACAGAACGCUGCCGGGGUGCCGAUGCUGCAGUAG